CGGACAAAAGAUGCAGCCAAACGUGCUGCCCGAGCUCCGCAGAUAAUUUCGUGAAAUACAAAGGAGAAGGAAGACAAGAGGCGGCCGACAGGUGGUUUGUUAGCGGGUUCUCAGCAGCACUGUUGCGCAUUAAAGUUCACCACAGCGCACCGCCGAGAUGAUGUUACCGUGCGGCGCACUGUUACUGCUGGCGGCUCUUCACUGCACCAUCGACCUGACAGAGGCUGAGGGUUGCGGGGCAUCUUGUGGAAAAUGUGACUGCAGUGGUGUUAAGGAGCAAAGGGUGAGCGUGGGUUUCCUGGUCUUCAAGGAAAUAUGGGAUUCCCAGGGAUGCAGGGACCUGAGGGGCCUCCUGGUGGGAUGGGCUUCAAGGGGGACCUGGGUGAACCUGGGGCCACGGGGAUAAAAGGAGUGCGGGGUCCUCCAGGUCUGCCAGGUUUUCCAGGAAACCCAGGACUGCCAGGUAUCAAUGGAAACGAUGGCCCACCAGGUCUACCAGGAAUCCCAGGAUGCAAUGGGACUAAAGGAGACAGAGGAAGAGAUGGUAUUCCAGGUUAUUCUGGGAUUCAAGGACCUCCUGGCAUCCCUGGAGUUCCUGGACUGAAGGGUGACCCUGGUGGAGUGAUCGGGAUUGUUCCUCUCAAAGGAGACAGAGGCUUCCCUGGCACACCUGGAUUACCUGGAUCAAAUGGACUUCCUGGACCAACUGGACCACCGGGAACUCGUGGCUAUCAAGGACCCAAAGGUGAUGCUGGCCCCCCCGGCCCUCCUGGAGAGAAGGGUGACAAGUUAGCCUUUGUGAGUGAAAAGGGAGACAAGGGCGACAGAGGGUUUCGAGGACCACCUGGCCCACCUGGACGCCCACAGGAAUUCGGAGGAGGCCCCACAGAGUACAUGCCUGGACUACAGGGAGAAAAAGGACCUCAAGGAGAUAAAGGAGAAAAGGGUCAAUGUAAGCCAGGUCAGACUGGGAUUAAAGGUGAAAUCGGGCCACUUGGACCACCGGGUAAACCUGGAAAGGAUGGAGAAGAUGGGCUAAAGGGAGAAAAGGGCUUUUCUGGGUCUCCUGGCUAUUCUGGUUCCCCGGGUGAAAAAGGAGAAAGAGGACCACCAGGUUAUGGGGGUGGUGCACCCGGCCCUGCUGGUUCUCGUGGUCUCCCGGGGUUACAAGGAGAAAAAGGUUUUCCUGGUCCUCAGGGAGAAGCCGGUCCACCAGGCCGCCACAUCGAGGGGCCUCGAGGAGAGACGGGUCAGAAGGGAAGUACAGGAGAGAAGGGAGACAGGGGCGUAGAGGGAGAGUCUCUUGCCGGACCUCCAGGUCAACCUGGGGCCCCUGGACCUGCUGGACCCCCGGGACAACUGACUGACGAUACAUGUGACAUCCCGAAAGGAGCUCCUGGCCCCCCUGGACCUCCAGGGCUACAGGGGGAACUGGGACAGAAAGGUGACAGAGGAGAUACCUGUGUUCAAUGUGAAAGCAACGGCCCACCUGGACUACCUGGCCCCCAGGGUCCUAAAGGAGAUCAAGGGCCUCCUGGGCAUUUCGGCGGCAAGGGAGAGAAGGGUCAAUCCGGUUCACCUGGAACACCUGGAAGACCUGGUUCUCAUGGCACUCCUGGGUUGAUGGGAGCUCCAGGUGCUGUCGGUGCACCGGGGGACAUUUUUGUAGCUCCCGGUCUGAAGGGGGACAAAGGUCUGCCUGGUCUUUCUGGCUCACCAGGAAGGUCAGGACUGGAUGGACAGCCAGGGAGGGAUGGCCCCCCGGGUUUUCCUGGCCUUAAAGGAGAACCUGCCAAAGAGGGUGUCAAGGGUGAGCAUGGAUUUCCUGGGGACCCCGGUCAAGCUGGGCAUCCAGGAGAGAGGGGUCCACCUGGACUGCCAGGCUUUGGUCGACCAGGAGAGUCCGGGGAGAAGGGCAGUCACGGCAGACCAGGCCUCCCUGGAGCUCCAGGAGUACCCGGUAUAAAAGGGGAGCCAGGCCAAGGGGGUAGCACCCCUGGACCUCGUGGAGAACCAGGACCUGAAGGAGAAACUGGCAGAGCUGGAAUUCAAGGUGAAAGUGGCCAGACUGGAGAUCCAGGGCUGCCAGGUUUCCCAGGUCAAAAAGGUGACAAUGGAGCCCCUGGUAUUGGAUUUCCUGGCCCAUCUGGUGCCAAAGGAAUCAGUGGAACCCCAGGAGCUCGAGGAUUACCAGGAGAGGCAGGAAGACCAGGACAGGAUGGCUUCACUGGACAACCUGGUUCCCCUGGACAAAAAGGUGAACCAGGACGAGGUCUUCCAGGCCCAAAAGGACUUCAAGGCCAACCAGGAAUUACUGGCUACCCGGGUGAGAAGGGAACCAUUGGAUUACCUGGUGUUCCUGGGCAAGAAGGCCAGACAGGACCUCCAGGUGCUCAGGGAAUCAAAGGUGACUCGGGACCACCGGGGCUACCUGGACUGGUUGGUUCACCAGGUGCUCCAGGAAAGGGCUCCCCUGGAGCUCCCGGACCACAAGGACCAUCUGGAGAGCCUGGACCAUUUGGUCAGGAGGGUGUGAAAGGAGAAAAGGGGUACCCAGGUCCUCCUGGUCUGGACAUGCCAGGGCCUCAGGGAGAGAAGGGGGCCCAAGGGUUCCCUGGAGGGCCAGGAUCUAAAGGACUACCAGGGUCAUCAGGCUUUCCAGGCAGAGACGGACUGAUUGGAAACCAAGGUCCCAAAGGUGAAAUGGGAGUCAUCGGCACUCCAGGUGUACAAGGAUUCCCAGGAUCAGCUGGUACACCUGGAUCCCCUGGUAUAAGAGGUGACCCUGGUAUUAGUGGUCCAAGAGGGGUCGAUGGAGAGGCUGGACCUAAGGGAGAAAGGGGAGAGCAAGGUAUUCCGGGUCCUCCUGGGAAAAUGUCAAAGGUUCAGAUGGAACACAUGAAAGGGGAAAAGGGAGACCUUGGAAACAGAGGUGAUCCUGGACUCACAGGGCUGAAGGGCCACCCCGGACUUGGUGGAGACCCUGGAAUGCCAGGCAAAGAUGGAGAACCUGGAUCACCUGGACAACCAGGUGAGAAAGGAGACUCUGGUUUUCCUGGAGAGACCGGUAGUAUGGGACCAACUGGACAGAAAGGUGGUGUAGGAGAGAUGGGAAUACCGGGUCCUUAUGGUCCAAAGGGUACUAAAGGAGACAGUGGAAAACCUGGACAUCCUGGAUUCAGAGGCACAGAUGGACAAAAGGGAGACACGGGAGCAGCUGGUGAGCCAGGUAUUGGGCUCCCAGGAUUUCCAGGAGAAAAGGGUCAACCAGGCCUGUCUGGAGAUCCAGGAUCACCUGGAGAGAAGGGUCUGAGGGGUCAGGAGGGAAUGUCUGGAAAGCCCGGACUGCAAGGAUCCAAAGGAGAGAAGGGAAGCAGCGGGUUUCCAGGUCAGUCAGGUAGACCAGGGGAGAAGGGUACACCUGGGCUACCAGGGUCUGCAGGAGAACCUGGACGUGACGGUCAACCUGGUGAAGGAGGUCUGCAGGGACCUCCUGGUCCUACCGGAGAGAAGGGAGAAGCUGGAGUUGACGGUAUACCUGGAUCCUCAGGGGAGAGAGGAGACCCAGGUAUACCUGGUCAUGGUUUCCCUGGGCCCCCUGGUGUUCUUGGUAGCAAAGGUGACAAAGGCAUUCCUGGCUUCCCUGGAACUCCAGGUCAUCCGGGCAUCCCAGGUAUCAAAGGCGACAAGGGACUUGCAGGCUCACUGGGACCCCAGGGUGAGACAGGAGAGAGGGGUUUCCCAGGUAACUCUCUAGAGGGUCCAAAGGGAGACAGGGGAGAAACAGGACAACCAGGAGAAGCAGGUUCCACAGGAGCACCAGGGCCCUCUGGUGUGCCAGGCAGAGAUGGCCUAAAAGGAGAGAAAGGAAACCCGGGUAACCUUGGCUUCCAGGGAGAGACGGGACAUAAGGGUGAACCGGGAGCUCCUGGACUUUCUGGACAAUCUGGGCUACCAGGUAUCGAUGGACAAAAGGGUGACAAGGGAUUGCAGGGUGUCCAUGGCUUCCCAGGUACAAAAGGUACUGCUGGUGACAUUGGAUUCAAAGGGGAUUAUGGAGACAGAGGAUUCCCAGGAGUAAAGGGCAAUGACGGCCCCCCUGGACCCCCUGGACCAUACAUCUCCAUCAAAGGGGAUAUUGGGUUCCCAGGAAUUCAAGGCUUACCAGGACCCCAAGGACCUUCUGGGUUCCCCGGGCAGAAAGGACAGCAAGGUUUGACAGGAGUCCCAGGCCCAAAAGGUGAUGAUGGACUUCCUGGGUAUAACGGUCAUCCUGGAGCCAAAGGAGAGUCUGGUUUGCCAGGACCACAGGGACCCAGAGGACACCCUGGCCCCCCAGGACCUGAUGGUGUUCCAGGUCAUGUGGGUCCCCCUGGCCCCUCCUCCAUGGAACACGGUUUCCUGGUAACCCGUCACAGUCAAUCAGUGGAGGUUCCAUAUUGUCCUGAGGGAACCUCGCUCUUAUAUGAUGGCUACUCCUUGCUCUACAUACAAGGCAAUGAGCGUGCUCAUGGACAGGACUUAGGUACGGCAGGCAGCUGUCUAAGGAAGUUCAGCCCAAUGCCAUUCCUCUUCUGUAACAUCAACAACGUGUGCAACUUUGCCUCCCGUAAUGACUACUCCUACUGGCUUACCUCCCCUCAGCCCAUGCCCAUGAGUAUGGCUCCCAUAACCGGGGAAAGCAUCAAACCCUUCAUCAGCAGAUGUUCUGUGUGUGAAGCUCCAGCCAUGGUGAUCGCAGUUCAUAGUCAGACUAUCAUGAUCCCAUCAUGCCCUCAAGGCUGGGACUCUCUGUGGAUUGGAUACUCCUUUGUCAUGCACACCAGUGCAGGUGCUGAGGGUUCGGGUCAGGCUCUGGCCUCUCCUGGUUCCUGUCUGGAGGAGUUCCGCAGUGCUCCGUUCAUUGAGUGUCAUGGUCGUGGAACCUGCAACUACUAUGCCAACUCCUACAGCUUUUGGCUCGCCACUAUUGAAGACAGUGAGAUGUUCACGAAACCUAUCCCAACAACACUAAAAGCGGGAGAUCUUCGAACACACAUAAGCCGCUGUCAAGUGUGUAUGAAGAGGACAUAAACCCAGACACCCCGAGUGCUUCUUCCGAAACCCAUGAGCAACACAACAUGCGCUGACCGCCUUGACCUGUCUUUACUUCCUGGUUCCAAAAGAUGGUGCUAUUUCCCUGUACGUGUGAGAGGAAAGGGACAAAGACCUGGUUUAAAGAACAGCCGAGAGUUUGAACACAAUAACGCGAGGCACAGAGACCAAGCAGCCAUUUGCUCCAUGCAGAACACUUUUAAAAACAUGAUCACAGAAUGUCUCUAAGGAAUGGCACCCAGUUUACCACUGCACUGAAAACACAGCCCUUAAACUGGUAAACUGGUGUUCAUUUUUAUAAGGGUUGUUUGUGUAGGUCAGGUGCUAUUCAGUGUUACUUAUCUGCCUUAUUCCGUUUGUUUUUUUCUUUUUCUUAUAUCCCCCAGAUCCACUGCAUUCAAAGAUAUAGCCACAUGUUAAUGUAAACUGAUAUACUUUUGAACUUUCUUCAUACAUACUAAUGUUAAGGAUGGGAUUUACCACUCACCAAGAUGCAUGUCAUUUGCUAAAUCACCAGUUUGUUGCAGAAAAAACACACACAAACAUAUAUAUAUAUACAUAUAUAUAUAUAAAUAAAUAACCACACUGUUGUAAAUAUAAUGCAUUCCUCUCUAACAUAGAUCUACAUACUCUCCUCAGGUUAUUAUUGUGUGGUAUUUAGUCUUUUUUUAUUUAUGAGAAUAUGUUGGAUUUAAGUGUAUCUGAGAUUUCCCACGUCUGACAGUGACCGCCUUAGUAACAUGCAAUACAGCACUGAUAUAGCAUUAGCAGGUUAAUGAGUAUGUGUGUGUCUGUGUGCGAGUGUGUGUAAAUGUACAUAUAUGAGGGGACUGUAACAAUGUUUGUUUGUUGAUGUCUGCAGAAAUGUUGUUGCAAAAAAAAGGACAUAAAAAUCACCUCCCAUAUGCCUUUACUCUGUCAGCACAUUGUUUAUAACAGCUGUGUUAAAGGAUUUAGUUGCAUAACAUUAUGUGCCUGAACUCAAAGAAAAGCACAUGUAUAUAAACUUACAUGUUAUGUGCUAUUUUGCUCAUAUACUUGACGGUUCCCAUGUGUGAAUUACUUUUUUAUGCAAAUUUCAUAUUUCAUUAAGAGUGAGGGGUCAUUGCAUCGUUUUUUAAACUUUAAGCUUUAACAGACGGAUCGGGAGAACUUUAUUUAUGCUAGCGUUUAUGGAAGGUGAGAUGCUUUAAAAGGUCUUACAAUACAGUGUUUCAAGUUAACUUCUGUAGGAGAAGGACUUCAACAAAGUGUCUGUGUCCCUCAAAGAGCUAAGGAAAGAUACAAAGCUUUGUGAUAUCCCUCUUAACCUAAGUUCUCUCUGUGCUUUGUUAUGAUCAAAUGCUCCAUAUUUACAGUAUUAGAAGUGUUGCUACCAAAACAAACUUGACCAAAGUGGAAGUAAUCUUGCCUAAAUGUUUUAAACAAACAUAAUUCAUCUAGAUUGUAUGUUUUACAGAUCCAGUUCUGUGUUACUCCUGAAAUAAAGUGAUUUAUAGAAUAUUCCUAUUAA